GUAGUGAAGAUGUCUGGCAGUGACCCCGAACGCCCCCAGUUCCUCUUCGUGAAGGUGCUGGCAAGCCGGGGGCGGCUGGAGGCGGUGACCCAGCAGAUGGGCUACCACCCUCAGUACCUCGACAGCUUCCUCAAGACGCAGCACUACCUGAUGCACAUGGACGGCCCGCUGCCCUUUGACUGCCGGCACUACAUCGCCAUCAUGGCAGCUGCCCGGCACCAGUGCCGGUACCUGGUGAACCUGCAUGUCCUGCAGUUCCUGCGGGCAGGGGGGGAUCCCCAGUGGCUGCGUGGCCUUGACUUCAUUCCCCCCAAACUCCGCAACCUCAAUGAGAUCAACAAGAUCCUGGCACACCGGCCAUGGCUCAUCACCAAGGAGCACAUUGAGAAGCUGCUGAAAAUCAGCGAGUGGAGCUGGUCGCUGGCAGAGCUGGUGCAUGCCGUCGUCCUCCUGGCGCACUGCCAUGCGCUCACCAGCUUCGUCUUUGGCUGCGGCUGCGAGCAGGACGAGGGGCCAGGAGGCCGAGGCUCGCUGAAGCCCUUGUCACCUGGGAACCAGUGCUUCUGCGAAGCCACUGCCGGCAAUGGCUGCAGCCAGGAGCUGCUGCGCAUCAACCGCAAACGGUCCCUGGAUUCCUGCAUGGAGCUGGACUCUCUCCGGGAACGCAUGCAGCGGAUCCACGUGGAGACUGAGGGCAGGGAGGAGAUGAGGUUGCUGCAGCAGGACCGAGAGGAAGAUACCGAUGGGGAAGUCACCGGUGCCACCAACCUUGCGUGCUACAUGCAGGACCCUGACUUUGGAUACCAGGACUUUGCCCGGCGUGAUGAGGAUCAGGCACAGGUAUUCAGAGUCCAGGAUUACUCCUGGGAAGACCAUGGCUUCUCGCUGGUCAACCGGCUCUACUCUGACAUUGGGCAUCUCCUGGACGAGAAGUUUCGGAUGGUGGAUGGUCUGCAAAGCAGUGCCAUGGCCAAGCGGCAGGGCUGUGAACCCUCCGUCUUCAAGCGGGGCAUCUGGAACUACAUCCACUGCAUGUUUGGCAUUAGGUAUGAUGACUACGACUACGCAGAAGUGAAUCAGCUCCUAGAGCGAAUGCUCAAAGUUUACAUUAAGACUGUAACCUGCUACCCAGAGAAGACAAACUCAGAAAUGUUUGACAGGUUCUGGAAGCAGUUCAAGCACAGUGAAAAGGUCCAUGUGAACCUGCUCAUCCUGGAAGCCCGAAUGCAGGCAGAGCUGCUGUACGCCUUGCAGGCCAUCACCCAGUACAUGAUCUCCUAGAUGGUGGGGAGCUGUGCUGCGGCAGGGCCGGGCAGCAUCUUCACUCCCUGGACUCGCGUGUGACCCAUCAUACUGGGACGGAUGGCAAGGGAUUACUCAAUUUAGUUUACUUGACUGUCUUGUUCCUUCCCCCCCACCCCCCACCUUGUGGGGCUCACUGACUGGCCCCGUUACGUGCAAUUACCAAACUGUGAGGCAA